AAUCACACACAUUUACUCAUACAAAUGAUACCCAUUGGACUGUGCAACACAAUAAAUACAGUAAGCUGCAAGUAUUCCCCUUGAGGCAUAAUGAAGCAAAACAACGCAAUGUUUAUUAUUGUGGUUGUAGUUUGCUGAAGUUUAAAACUAGCUUAAUAUUUAUAUUCAUAUUAAUAUGCGUUUAGUGGCUGAUUCACUUUAUUCAACAAGAAUAUAUUUCAUUUAUUGUCCAAUGACUAGUGGAGUAGUGGGGAGUACUGCACUAAUGACACUCGAUGGCUCGAUGUUUUUAAUGAUUGACAUUUGACUAGUUGGGUCUGGCCGGAUAACACUACACCGGAAGUGAGUCUUGACUGUCGAGUGCAACGUUUUUAUUUACCAAACAAAGUGUCAUUUCUUUUCUAAAAAAAAUGUUAAAUUUGUUGUUUUUACGUCGUUUAUGUGUCAAAGGUACAGCGUUACCUUCACGUUGGUCCACUGUAUGGAUGUCGCGAGCAAAGCAGCCAGACAAAUUUAGUGUUUUUAACCAACGGCGACCCUUUGCUAGCCAGUCCAGCACAAUCUUUUCAAAAUACCGACUGAAGUCUUCCAUGGUGUGGAUGUGUGGGGUCGGUGGAGGACUGGCUCUGGUUUUGGUGCUCAAAUAUCGAGCAGGGACUGACAAUGGUUCCUGUGAUGAUAAUAAUACGGUGAGGGACUCACAUAAACAUCGAUAUGACUCUGCAAUUACAGCGAGCCGCGUCCUGGUGGAGCGGAUCCAGACUGAAGUCGGAGCUCCGGGUCUGGUGGUGGGGGUGUCCGUUGAUGGGGUCCAUGUCUGGUGUGAAGGGAUUGGUUAUGCUGAUUUGGAGAAUAACGUACUGUGCAGCCCAAAAACUGUGAUGCGAAUCGCCAGCAUCAGUAAGUCGCUGACAUCUGCAGCUGCUGCUCGCCUGUGUGAAGAAGGGAAACUAGAUCUGGAUGCUCCAGUCCAGAAAUAUUUACCAGAGUUUCCUCAGAAACAGUUUGAUGGACAGAAUGUCACAAUAACUCCUCGCAUGAUUCUGUCCCACUUAAGUGGAAUACGGCAUUAUGAGAAGGAUGCAAACAAGGUGAGGGAGGACAAGGAGAAAGCCAAGCGACUUCUAAAGCCUUUACAAAAGGAGAAAAAAGAAGACAAGAGCUCACAUGAAAACAAAAUUGAGCCCUCAAAAGAACAUAAUGCCAAAUCCAAAGACGCACAGAAGAAAAAAGAGUUUGAGCAUGAAGAGUACUACUUGAAGGACACUUUUGAAAAUGUCACCCAAGCUUUGGACCUUUUUAAGGACGACCCACUCAUUUUUAAACCAGGCACAACUUUCUUGUACUCCACCCACGCCUACACCCUCCUCAGUGCUGUCCUGGAGCAGGCUGCUGACCAGCGCUUCCUCGAUGUCAUGAUGAACCUGUUUCAUGAACUUGGAAUGCUCAAUACUGUGCCAGAUCAGAAUGAACCUAUCAUUUACCAUCGCUCCAGAUACUAUCAUCUGAACAAGCGAGGACGUGUGGUGAACUGCCCGUACGUAGACAACUCGUACAAGUGGGCAGGAGGCGGCUUCCUUUCUACUGUGGGCGACCUGCUGCUGUUUGGUAACGUUCUACUGUACAGCUACCAGAUUGCGCUGCUAAAGGACAAAGACGGCGUGCUUCCUGGCUUCCUCAAACCCAAAACCGCCGUAGCUCUAUGGACUGCCGCGGACAAGACAGAAGCCAGCUGGGACAAGGACGGACGCUACGGCCAAGGCUGGCUAGUUGUCGACAAAGAGCAGAAGUACGGUCAGUGCAGGAAGCGCAGACAUUAUGUGUCGCACACAGGAGGCGCUGUGGGGGCCAGUAGUGUCCUGCUGGUGUUGCCCAGUGAGGACGUCGAGCGUCAGCAAGGACAGACCACCAUUCCACAGGGUGUUGUGGUCACCAUUAUCACCAACAUGCAGUCUGUGGGACUCAACAGCACAGCCCUAAAGAUUGCACACAAAUUUGAUCAAGCCAGAAGCGCCUAAGUUAUUUCCAGGAUAUGUGCGCGUGUUUGAUACCUCUUUGGAAAUUAUUAUUGGGGAAAAUCAUAUUUUUAUAUGAUUUUAUAUGAUGAAUUGAAGACUGUUGAACUAAUGACGACUAUAUCUCACUGAUUAUGACACAUGAAUGCAUCUUUACAUGAGUCAAUGUGAUUAUGAAUGAACAAGCAUUUUUAUUGCGCAAUGAAAGGAACUCUGCGUCAUAUUUAAUCAUCUUGGUUUGAAUUAUUUUUUAUUAUUAUUAUUUCCGCAUGACAUGCUUUUUUUAAUGUCCAAGUAUGAUUGCCAUUUCUUUGCCAUAUGAACUAAUAGUUCAAAUCAAGAUGUUUUAUAUUAAAAGUUAGUGUAACACACCACUGAAAAUGCAGUCCAACCUGUUUUAAUGCUUACUGAAACACAUUCAAUUGUAUCAGAUUUGGCACCGCUGUUGCUUCCUUGUGUUGUUUUUACACUUUAUCCUGAAGUCUUAAUACAGCUUUGAGUUUUUCAGUUUAAAUGUGAAAAUAUACAAUAUAAUAUUGUAAUACUAAGUUUAAUAAAAAGUGUGUUUCAAGUUUUGUCCACUAGAUGGUGCACACUACUAGAAAAUUCAGCUGUAAUGUAAGUUAACACGGUACAGUACUAGUAGGAAGAAGCAUUACUGAUUGUCAGCAGUCAUUAGAAUAUUUAGGAAUCUUUGUGCAGUGUGAAAGUGGGUAUGUGUUACCAGGACUCCAAAAAUAACACAGUCACUUUGUUCAGAUAUAAAAUAAUUUAGUAGAUUUCAUUGCUUGUAUUUACAAAAUCAAAUGUAACAUUUACCCAUCAGUUGACAAAAAGGAUCAUAUUAUAAUUCAGUGUUACAGUGUUCAAAUGCACAGGUAUUUUACAUGCACAGCUAUGCUUUGUAAUGAUAUUAUUGACAAAGCUCAUAGAUUGAAAUGUCAUCUAAUAAGUAGUACAAUGGACCGUGUAAAGUCUAAAGUCACACAACACAAUUUUACAAUGACGUCCAGAGAGUAAAACUGCAACUUCCUGUGACAUGGCACAGUGGUACACUGUGAACUCUGUACUGGCUGCCCUGUAAAAUAUGGCUGAAGAACAACGGAAUGCAUAUAGUUUUUAUGUUAAGAGACUCGCCAGCCAUCACUCGUUACCAAAGUUAAAGUUAAGUUUAUUGUUUGAACCACAGUUAACAGUCAACAGUUACUAUAUGUUACUAUAAAUAUGGCCUGACUGAGUUAUGGCGACAGUCUGACCCUGAAGUGGAA